GACCCAUUCCAAUUGUCCUUCCAGUAGAAACCAGCUCUAUGGAAAUUGACCCACUCAAAGAAAGUUCAUCCAACAACCUCGAUAAAAAAAAGGGUCCUGUAGUUAUUACUUCAACCUCAACUUCUGAAACUACUGCGCCUAAAUUAACUGUUAGUAUUGACGAGUCCUUUGAUACAUCAGAAAAUAUCUUAAAUACUUCAACUAUUGGCUUUGAUGUUCUCUCGACUCAA